AUGGCCGCCCACCCACGAUCUACGUCGCCGCCUCCCUCCGCGCACUACGCCUACUACGACCAGCCAUCGUCCUCACGCCGUCGACACCUGCCUCCGCCGGCCAGCAACGUCACGCCGUCAUCACGUUCGUCGUCGGAGGAAAUGGAUCCGGCUGAAAUCCUCGCUGCCGUGCAAGAGUUAGAGGAGGAGGGAGAUUAUGAUGGCGAUGAUUACGGCGAGGACAACGAAACCUCGUCACGGAAUAUGGAUGAACCUCAUGAGGAGAACUACAUGAGUUUGGAUGAAUCUUAUAGUGGCAAUCGACAUGGCGAUGAUGAUGAUGAUAUGGAUAUAGAUGAUUCAUUUGCUGAAAGUGCACUCCGGAUGGACGAGGACGGGGACUUUGUGAGGAAUAUUGUGGACGAUGAAAGUGAAAAAUCGCACGUUGAUGCAUCUCAUGAUGACAGCUCCAGCAAAGGAGAUGUAGAUGGUACAAGCAGGAAUGAUGAGCAUGUUGGUGAUGAUUUGUUUAAUUUUGACAUCGGAUUUGAUGAAUAUCAGCAAGAAUCAUUGGACAUGCAUUGGAAGGUCAUGAGGAAGACGUUCAAGUCACUAGGAGAUGCUUACAAUUUCUAUAAUCAGUAUGCGUACGAGCGUGGUUUCAGUGUAAGAAAGGACUCACUGAAAUAUUCGAAAGGUCCUGAGGCAACUAAGCGCUUGAGAAAGUAUGUGUGUGCGAGAGCUGGGAAACGACAGGCAAAACGUUGUACAAUGGAAGGCAGGACCCGCAGGCUGAGAGGGGAGACUCGUUGCUUCUGCGAUGCGCAUAUAACUUUGAAACUUGAUAAAGAGCGUGACGUUUGGUAUGUCAGCAGUUUCAAUGAUGAUCACAGUCACGUUCUAGCUAGACCGGAUGAAGUCACGUUUCUUCGGUCUCACAAUCAGAUAAAAGAAUAUCAGAAGGCUGAGAUCUUAACCAUGGCAGGUGCUGGAAUCAGGAAACAUGUGAUUUAUGAUCAACUCGUCAGUAGGUCCGGGUCAUAUGCAAAGGCUAGUUUUGGGAGGAAGAAGCUUUAUAACAUGUGUUAUAGAGAAAAAAUGAAGUUGCUUGCACAAGGUGAUGCGGACACUGCCAUAGGGAUCAUGAUGACCAGAAAAGAGAGAGAUCAAGAUUUCUUCUUUGAGCACACCGUCGAUGAUGAAGGAAGGCUGAAAAACAUAUUCUGGUGUGAUUCUCAAUCACGUCGAGACUAUGUUGACUACGGUGAUGUGACAGUCUUCGACAGCACAUACAGGAUGAAUAGGUAUGGCAUGCCAUUUAUACGUUUUGUCGGUCUGAACAACCACCGUUGCACCACGGUAUUCGGUUGUGCUCUUGUGUCUGACAAGACGGAAGAUACAUAUGUCUGGCUGCUUCAGACGUUUUUGAGGGCUCACUGUCAGAAGAGGCCCAGAUUCUCCACGGAUGAUAUCCUCAAAGGGAAAAUGCCAGCGGUCCGGGAUGCAAACGUCGAGGUCCCCGCUCCUCCAACACCUCUUCACUGGCCGCGGCCGCCCACGGGAUGGGCUGCGCUUUCGGUGGAUGGUGCCUUCAUGCAAGAGGACGGGUCGGCGGCAGCAGGUAUGAUACUUCGGAAUCAUGAGGGUAGUGUGAUCUUCGCGGCGUAUAGAUGCAUCUUCAACUGUAACGACGCGCUGGAAGCGGAAUUACAUGCAAUAAUGCAGGGUAUGGCCUUGGCCCUGCAGCACUCGUCCUUGCCAAUUGUGGUUCAGUCAGACUCAUCUACGGCACUAGCUGCAAUGACCGGGGACAGCUUGUCCAGGUCUGCUUAUGGGCAUUUGCACGACAUCACCACCAUCUCCUGGUUCCAGCAUUCGCAUCAGCACUAUGCUGUUCUGAUCAUCAGGACUAUGUGCUUGAGCUUGCAGCACAUCCUUGUUCCAGUGUCUCCUUCCCAGCCCGGCCCCUUUCACAACAUCAGGCGUAAACUGACCUAG